AUGUCCCUGCCGAGCCGCGAGCCCUCCGGGGAGGGGGCGGCCGGGACCCGGAGCAGCGCGGGCGCGGCCGAGGAGCCGCCCCUCGAACAGGCGCGCCUGGCCCAGGCCCUGCGGGAACUCCGGCAAACUGGUUGGUACUGGGGACGUCUGACUGUUCUCGAAGCCAAUGAGAAAUUAAAAGAGGCCCGCGAAGGAACUUUCUUGAUCCGAGACAGUUCUCAUUCAGGCUACCUCCUAACCAUAUCUGUCAAGACAUCCGCGGGCCCGACUAAUCUGCGCAUCGAGUACCACAAUGGGACGUUCCGAUUGGACUCUUUCGUCUGUAUCCAGUCCCGGCUGAAGCAGUUUGAUGGUGUGGUUCAUCUGGUUGACUACUACGUGCAGAUGAGCAAGGAGAAGCGGACGGGCCCCGAAGCGUUGGGGACCGGCAGCGUCCACCUUUACCUGACCCAACCGCUCUACGCGUCUACGGUACCGCUGCAGCAUCUCUGUAGACUGGCCAUUAACAAAUGUACCAGCAACAUCCGGGAACUGCCUUUACCGACAAGACUCAAAAAUUACUUGGAAGAGUAUCAAUUCCAGGUAUAA